AAGCAGCGGAGAGGGAGAGCAACAGAGAGGGAGGGAGGGAGGAAAGCAGACAGAGGCUGAGAAAGCAGUCCCGAGCAGCCCCUGUGUCCUAGAGUAAAAGAUUAAAGCUGGGUGGCCCGAGUCUCCAGGGCCCCAGCCUUCUGAGAAAGAACAAGAGGGCGAAGUGGCCAUCGGGCUGGAUGCCAGGGGGUUUCUGAUGCCCUUUUUUGUUCCCCGGAGCCGGUCCUGACUCCCUGCUGGUCUGCGAGGCCCAUGCGGAGAGAGAACGUUGAAGGGAGCUCAGCAUGGCCCUGGCGGAUAACGCGAGCUGUGCCAAGUCGAACGAGGACUUCGGCGCCUUCCCCGAGAUCAUCGAACUCAACGUGGGGGGCCAAGUGUACAUCACCCGCUACCCGACCCUGGUCAGCAUCCCCGGCUCGCUGCUCUGGGAAAUGUUCAGCCAAAAGAACUCUUGCGCCCUGGCCCGGGACAGCAAAGGGAGAUUCUUCGUGGACAGGGACGGUUUCCUGUUCCGCUACGUCCUGGACUACAUGAGGGACCAACAGCUGGUGCUCCCCGACCACUUCCCCGAGAGGAGCCGGCUGCAGAGGGAGGCCGAAUACUUCAAGCUACCAGAGCUAGCCAAGCUGCUGGCCCCCAAAGUCACCAAGCAGAACUCCAUCGGGGAUGACCCGUGCCAAAGCGACUCGGAGGAGCUGUCCCCCAACGUGGACACCGCCCGUAGCCUCUCGGCCACUAGCCCUGCCCCAGCCGGCGGUCCAGGGGGCUCCCCGGCCAUCCUGGGGGGCAGCGGUGGCAGCUCUGACCUCCGGCGGGCCGGCUUCAUCACCAUCGGCUACCGGGGCUCCUACACCCUGGGCCGGGACAGCCAAACCGACGCCAAGUUCCGGCGCGUGGCCCGGAUUAUGGUGUGCGGCAAGACUUCGCUGGCCAAAGAAGUGUUCGGGGACACCCUCAACGAGAGCAGGGACCCCGACCGGCCCCCCGAGCGCUACACGUCCCGUUACUACCUCAAAUUCACCUUCCUGGAGCAAGCCUUUGACAAACUGGCCGAUGCCGGCUUCCACAUGGUGGCGUGCAACUCCACCGGCACCUGUGCGUUCGCCCACGACCAGACGGAUGACAAGAUCUGGACCUCUUACACCGAAUAUGUUUUCUACCGUGAGUGAUGCUUUAAAAAAAAAUAACAAUCACCCACAAAAAAAAAAAAAGCAACCAAAAAAAUACCAAACUCUCCCUUCCCACCCUGUUCCCCUGCCAGCGGUUUUCUUUAGAAAUAGACUUCGAUCCUUUUGGACCUUGGUUUCCCUCACCCGUCUUUCAUGACGCACCCUUUUCCCAUUCCCCAAUUCCUCCCUCUCUCCUGCCUCCAAUUGAAUCCUCACUGGCACUUUCCUGCAUAAUGUCAAACCUCAAUCCAGCUUCCAGCUAAAGCCAACAGUAUCUCCCGACCCCUCCUUGGAUGACGGAUCCGGACACUCGAUCUGGGGAAAGUUCACGUACGCGUAUGCAGCUGUAGUAUGUAUGUUUCGACUUUAGGGUAUUCUUGUUGACAUUCGUGGUUGGAUAAAGCUGCCAAGCUUAACAGGCGGAGAAAUGCCAAACUGAGGCUUACGUCCCGGUUCCCCUCUGAAUCCUGGGCUCCCUCACGUACUCUGUUAUUUGAAUCCACCUGGGGAGUGGAAGCAGAUCCUCAUUCUGACCUUGCGAGGCUCAUUAUUUGGAACAGGGUUACGAAGAGGUCUGGGUUCUCCCAAGCGGACCUCAGCUCAGAAAACUGAAAUGUAUUAUCAUUUAGAAGGUGGGAGGGAAAGGGUUAGAAAGAAACACAUGUAGGGUUAUUGCCAGCAGCUUAGUAUGUAGACUGCUAGUGGGCCUGAUGAGUUAGGAAAAGGGGAGAGGGUUCACGGUUUUAAAGGGCUGCCUGAAAUGCCUACUUUCUGUAGAUAGGCAAAAAGGGACACAUAACAUAGAACCCAAACACAAGAGGGUGAGGGUGGGAGGCGUGGGGGGUGGGGGCAUGAGCCGGUUCUUUCUUGGUAAGUACUUUUUAGUCGGCGCUUAACCUUUCCAAUAGUUUGAUGUUCAUGUCAGCUUCACCUUUGCCUUUUCCUGCAUGAGGAAAUGUGAGGAAAUGUGGGGGAAAAGCAACAAGACUAAUCAUGUGUCACACGGAUGGGAUUAAGGAUUAGAGCCAGUGACCUUCUGAUCACCCCCAGCGAUGCCUUUAUUUAGUUACUAAAGGGAAAUGUGGAAGAAACCCUGCCAAAUCAACUGGGGACGGUCUCUUUCUAACUGCAGUGGGCAAGGAGCUGUGCGCUUGGAAGCCUGAGGCAGGCGUCUGCUUGCUUUGCCUGGGUUCAUGUAAUAAAGGAAAAAAGAAAACAAGGAAAACUGACUUGCCCUGUGCUGCCUUUGUGCCCAUCUGGCGAUCCAGAAGAUGCCCCCGUCUAAGCUGAGGUGCCUAGAGGUGAAAAGGUUUCUGGAAAACAACUAGGCCACUUGGGCUGUGAGAACCAGAUAAGGAACAGACAAGGAAAGCAUCAUGUACAGGUGGUGUCUGAGUUUCUUUCAUUAGGAAAGCCUCCUUUUUCAUUAAAAAAGAGAUUCUUCUCUC